UAUGGCUUAUUUUGGAAAUAAUCAAUAGCGUGGUGAAUUAUAAGAGUUGUUUGCUGAUUUGAAUGACUUAAAUUUUGAGAAAAAGAAAGAAGUAUAACAUUAAUAAAUAUGUUAUUAAGGCUAUAAAGAAAGUUAUUGCAUAUAUGACAGUAGGAAAAGAUGUGUCACAAUUAUUUUAAUCUGUAAUCAAAUGUCUUGAAUUUUAAGACAUUGAAAUGAAAAAGUUGGUAAUAAUAUUGGUUAUUAUUUUAUAGAUUUACUUAUAUAUAGUGAAUUAUUCUCGUUAAAAACCAGAUGAUGCUAUUAUGGUGAUCUAAAAUUUUAGAAAAGAUGUUCGUAAAUCAGAAAAUCCAUUAGUAAGAGCAUUGGCUAUAAGAACAUUUGGUUGUUUGAGAGUUCCCAAAUUGAAUGAAUAUUUAAUUGAACCACUCAAAGAUUGUAUAUAAGAUGAUGAUCCUUAUGUACGCAAAACUGCUGUUUUAUGUGUUCCUAAAGUAAUUUCUUUUCAUUUUUAUUAGGUAUUUGAAGUAUCACCUGAAUUAUGUCCAGCCUUAUUAGAAUUAUUAUAGAAACUAUUGGAAAAAGAAUCAAAUGCAUUGGUUUUAGCAAAUUUAAUUUAAUCCAUGAGAGAAAUUGAAGUUGUUAAUGGUAAACAAUUAAUUCUAAUGAAUCCAAAAAUUAUAUAAAAAUUACUAUUGGCUAUUGAUGAAUGUAUGGAAUGGGGAUAAAUCUUUAUACUUGAUUAUUUGGCUACUUAUGAUCCAGUUGAAUCUAAAUAAGCUGAAAUUAUUAUUGAAAGAACAUUGCCAAGAUUGAGUCACAUCAAUCCUACUGUAACAUUUUGUGCUGUUAAAUUAAUACUUAAAUAUUUAGAUCAUCUUGAUAAUGGAGAUUUAGUCAAAAAUCUUUGUAAAAAAAUAUCACCUUCACUUAUUUCAUUAUUAUCUUGGAAUUAACCUGAAAUUUAGUAUACUAUUCUUAGAAAUAUAUCAUUAAUAUUGUAAAAAUUUCCUAUUCUAUUUGAAAAUGAAGUCAAAGUCUUCUUUUGUUCAUUUAAUGAACCAUAUUAUAUAAAAUAUGAAAAAUUAGAUAUUAUGGUUAGAAUUUGUGAUUCUAAAAAUUUUAAUUAAGUUCUUAAUGAAUUAAUGAUAUAUCUUAAUGAAGCAGAUCCUCAUUUUGUAAGAAAAACAAUUAAAUCAAUUGGUAAAAUUGCCAUAAUGUAUGAUAAAGCACUUUCUGAGUAAUAAUAAUUAUUUAUUAUGUUAGAGCUGUUUAAAUCUUAGUAGAAUUUGCUAAAAAUGUUUAAUAAGCAAAUGAACCUGUCUAAGAAUUAUUUAUUUAAAUGUAGAUUCUUUACAGAAAAAAUAGAAAUUUAUAUAAGACUAAUGAUAGUCUUAAAAUACUUUUCAAUAUCCUUGAAUAUGCUAAUGAACCAGAAGCAAAAGUAUUAUUAUAUAUUAUCAUAACUAAUAGAGUGCAUGUGCUUGGAUUGUUGGAGAAUUUGCAGAAUUCAUUCCAAAAUCUGUUGAUAAAAUGAAAGAAUACAUUGAUAAUUUCUUAAUUGAAGAUAGAUUAGUAUAGUUGUAAUUGUUAACAUCAGGAGUUAAACUUUAUAUCAAAUAUCCUUCAUUAUGUUCAGCAUUAAUUUAAUAACUUAUAAAUUCUGCUAAAGAUUCUUUCAAUCCUGAUGUAAGAGAUAGAACAUAUAUUUAUUGGAGACUAUUAUCUACUGAUCCUGAAAUUGUAAAGAAUUUAGUAUGCUCUGUUCCUGCAAAUUCAUCUCAAUUUUAAAAGGAUAUACGUUUAUGGGAGACAAAAGAUUUAAUUAUUGCCUUAGAAAAUAUGGGAAGUAUUAGUAAUCUAUUUCACAAAUUACCAAAUUAAUUAUAUAAAAAUAUUAAAAUUAGAAAUAAGUAAUAAUAAUUUAUAUUUAAGUCAUUAACAAGAAGCAAAAAUAUAUAAGGCUGAUGAAAAGUAAGAUAUUCCAUAAAAAGAAUAAGAAAUAAAAAAAGAAGAUCAAAAUCAAUAAAUAUAACAAUAACCAAAAUAAGAUUUUGAUUUAUUAAAUUUUGAUGAACCUGUUUCAAAAAGUAACAAUAAUAAAAUAGAUGUUUAUGAUUUAAUUUGA